AUGGGACGUCUUCGUCUUCGACCGAAUCCGUAUUUGCGAAUUGGUAUUCACUGUGUUUUAUCCGCCGUGGACAUGAAAAUGGCAAACCUCACUUUUAUCCUCUCAGUUAACUCUGUUUGCCUGAGUUUUGGAUCAGACUAUGAGGUACUUUAUGUGGGCGUGAUAUCUCGUUUUGUGAUCAGCGGUUACGCGGGCAUCCUUCCCACAUUGAUUCGUGUCUACAAUCAACAAGUGAACAAUGCGGUACUCACACAUGCUGUCGAAUUCACGUGCCGCCAGUUCUACGUGAUGCAUCGAACGCCCUUCAUAUUGCAACUGUUCGGUAGUCUGGCCAACUAUGUACUCAUUGGAGACGAGUCUACCGCGAUGUCGGACGACUUUUAUCGGAUUCAACCAGGAACACUAUACCGACUGUUACGUUCCAUUAACCGACCUUCAGUGGAUAACUUGAAAAUUUUAGAGUUGUGCGAUGUUCAGAAACCACUCCGGGCCUUGGACUUUUGUUAUGAAGAUGACGAUGCGAAUUGGUCUGUUUUGGAUGCCAUCAAUUUGUGUGUCACUGUCAUCGUUUAUGCGCCGGACUCGUACAGAGCCAGGCAAAUGCUAGUCAUUCUCCAGGCCAUUCUCCCAUUCAUUCUUCGAGACCUGCCGGUUAUCUGUGCGGAAGAGAACUGUGGGGCUGAGCCGAAAAAGGCGGAACUACUUGCCAUCCAGAAGGUGUCCACGGCAAUGCGACAGCUCAUCUCUACGACGGAAUUCAUGACCCGAGAUACCGAGAUACCCACGGGAACACGAGAGGUGCGAGAUGCAGCUAAACGUGGUGUGGUCGGGGGGACACUAAUACAAAUGGAUCCUGUAGCCGGGGAAUCACGCGCUGGCGCUAAUGUGACAACCUCGGUUUCAGAUCAACCAAGUGGUCCCUUAGCUGCAAGCCGCUGGAAUUAUGAGCCUCGGGAAAUUAUUCUCCAACUGGCCUGUGAUUUUCUCAGCUGUUGUUCUGCACGAUUAGCAGAAAUGGGUGAGAGGCAACGGAUUCCCGAACUGUUAGAUCCCAAAUCGCACGUGCGUUUAUCUGAGCUAGCUCAAUCAUUUAUCAAACAAGUGCCAACUAACCCGGAUUUACUGUCCGGCACGGCGCUUCAGCGCUACUUCCUCGAAAUACUACCUCUUGUCGAAUGGGGUCAUGAAUCGAUGCGGUCCUGCAAAGCACUGGAAUCCUUGUUGGGUCGUAUUAAUCGCACCUUACCGAAAUUAUUAGAGAAUGCAUCUCUCCGAGUACUUAUUGAAACUUUGAAAAAGGCGGUCAUCUUUGAUCCGUCGGGUUGUCUUCCGGCUCUUGCCCGACCAAAACCUGAAGUACAUGUGAGUCAUAGCGCGUGGUCUGGCAUUUCUAACGCGGUCCCCGGUCGACCUAGCCUCGGAGAGGCAUUAUUCAGCACCAUCUCUCCAGAAAACAGUAGCAUUGGAGCGCCGGUGCCCGGACGUACUUCAGGUAAGGGGCGUUCGCCAAAUAACGGCGAGGUUACUGCGCACGGCUGUCCUUCAACCACGACUGGAGUAUUGGUUAACAAACACGGUGUCAUGGACAACGCGGAUUUGAUGGAACACGGUGGUACUACGUAUUCGUUUAAAUUUGCUGCAGAAGUGAUUCGACUGAUUGCUUUGGUGCUUCAGGUGAUGGGGUCUAACUUUUGUCUGAAAGAUUUGUGCGAACGUUCCGGACCGGAUUAUAACAACCGAUGCCCCGCGUUACUGGAAGGUGGCUUUCCCACGUUAGCUACGUACUUGGGACAAUUAAUCAUUCCGUUGCUGUUUCGUUGCUGUGCCGGGCGUAAAGAUUCACCUUCUUUGUCAAAAGAGAACGUGUUCUAUGCACUCGAUGUGUGUGUCACUGCUUUGUUUGCUCCGGAAACCUCUUCCAAGUCAUCACUUCGUACACAACCCGGGCAACCUCAGUACUUAGAACCGCGAAGUUCCAUCUCCCCGGAACGGGUUCGGGACAAAACUAACCGAUACGUACCCGAGUCAUCCACGGUGCUUAGCCCACCGACAAUUGUAGCGGCCAGUUCAGCUGUCACGGUCACAAAUAUCGCAACCGGUUUGAUGGAUUUAAGUUCGGGCACAAAUGCUUUGCGCCUCAUGAAUCUUUCUUCACUCGGUCCCGAUCAAGAAACUGGACCAUUUUCCACCCUGCCACGAUUAAUCUGUCCAACCCUGUCCGGCAUCACAUCAAUCGAUUCUGCAGAGUCCAUAAACCAACAAAAACAACAACCACAACAGCAGCAACAAGCACAACAGUCAUCCCAGACACCGGGAUCACAACAACAACAACAACUGCAACAACAGCAGCAAUCGCAACGCCACUCAACCCAACCUUCGUCUCAACCACAACAACAGCAGCAACAACCACAACAAUUAUUGCAGCCCAACUCACAAUCCACACGGUCUGGAGGUAAAACAGAAGGUGUGCUUGGCAGUGGAGCUGUCAGUAUUCGAGCUCGUGCAUCCGUGAUAGCAACCGGAACUAAACCUUCACUGGCGCUGUCUAAAAGCAAACCGCAAUCCACGCACACACGAUUGCUGGACACAUCUGCUAUCAGCGCAAUAAGUUUGGGAGAACGACCGACCAACUUUAAGGCCGAAUUCGCUCAUCGAUUGGGCUUCCUCGGGCUGAAACUGAUCCUUGUGGCCUAUUCACGCCACGCGUCAGUUCGCCUUCGCCUUCUCACAGCCACUUUGACCAAACUGGCACUCAACGGACGAAGUGGAAUUCAGUUGUGGAAGUUCUUCGAUUUUCUGACCACACACAGACCACCUUUGUUUGUCCACCUGCUCCCGUUUAUUCGAUUCAAAUUAGCACAUCUGCGCUGCGCGACUCCGGGAGAGCAGGCCUAUCAACAAAUUGUUAGCCAGAAACUGAUCGGUCUUCAUCUGCCCGUGCCACAAACCACAGCUGCCGUGCUACGGGAAUUGAUGAUGGAGCUUGGCACAAUUCAGCAUGACGUACAGCACUUCACACAAGCUCAGUUCAAAGAGCUCCAACCGGGUCGCUCAACACGUGACUCUGUACGUCGUCUGUACUCGAGUGAUCAUUCACCGGCCGCUCGAAAGCGCUCUUCGCGGAGAGCAAAGACUAAACUCAGUGGUCUAACAGAGGAAUCCGCCAAACCUGAGUCGGAUAUGAGCUUACCGGAUCACACCAAUUUGCGACAUCGAGUGGACGUCCUCGCCUCCGUCACCUCGGAAUCGGCUUGCAGCAGCGAGCACCUAUUCGAUGAUACGGGAUUUGGUUUACCUAGUCUUAGUCGUGCUUCUCGUGGCGUUCGGACCAUGAAUCAGAGCUUUCGACAAUCGAUUCUCAUUCGAGAUCCACGUAAACGGAUCGGAGCGCACGAUGGUAGUCGACUGCUAACGCAGAACCAAACAUUGAAGCAAUCCGAUCCGAUAUUGACCGCUUCUGCGGAGAGUAUACAUCGUCAGAGUCAAAACGUGUCACGGAGAAAAAUUCGUCAAACCUCAACUGUGCCAUCAGAUAACGCUCCACCCACACUCCCGAAAUCGCAUUUGGCCAAAGCAAGCUUUCUCUUGAGUGACACCACAUUUGACGAUCAGAGUUUGGGCUCAUUCACCAGUGAUGAACUACGUGGUCCAGUUGGACCGGCCGCUGCUGCCGCCAUCGCCACUUCAUUGUACGGAUCUGGUGCCCCAUACAUUCACGCCAGAGAUAAAGCUCGGCAGGAAUUAGCUCUCUUGGUGGGCAUCGCCCCACCCGAGUUGGAGACGAGCACAGACCGUCGGGAUUCCAGUAUUCUAGAUCUAUCGCUGUCCGACCAAAGUGUGAUCAAUAUGAAUGUUCCUAAAUUGGAUACAUUGACAGCUGGUACUACAACUGCUGGACACGAACCGGGCCGAUCCGGAACGAGCGCCGAGAAGAUGAAGACACCGAGGGCUUCCAAGAUCGACUACGUCUAA